GAGCCACCGAACGUGCAUGUUUUCUACAGCCCCAGUGGCACAAGUAGCACUGCCUGUUGGCGCAAGUUCUCGAAGCCGCCGCUCAACCAUCCCUGCCAAUAUGUCGGCGAGGGCGAGCAACAGUCGCCAACCGCAUCGACGAGAUCCAACUUGCCACCUAUCCCAUCCCCUUCUUUGUUUGAAGAUAUUGAUGAGACCCAUUCAUGAAACUGGCGGCGCAAAGUUGACUUCUUGAUCUCUAGAGUCUCUAGACCGACGUCGCAGAGCAGCUCAAGAGUGCCCGGGCUGACGUUGCGCCGCUCUUACUUACACGGACCUCUCUGUCGCUCGCGCCUUGCUUGGCUUGGCCCUGGCGCCGCCUCAGCCGCAAUCAGAUAAACAAAAGUGUGCACUUUGUUUCAACGUCCUUCCAAGCCAUGGCGGCAUGUCGCCAUGGGCGCAAACACUUUCCUGUUGGGAAACAUCAUGGGCGGUUGACGUGACGUUGACGUGCUCCCCCCCCAUCUCACGCCCACGCCCACCCAUCGUCGCAUGGAGGACUCGUCGUGCGCGCCCCGUGGCUUCGAGGCCGUCAUCACGACGCUGUCCUUUUACGUCCUCUGCAUAUCCUGGUGGCUCGUCGACGUGCCCCUGCUCUUUGUCAAGCCCUCGCCCCCGCCGCCACCGCCGCCACGGCAAGUCGACAACAACAGCAGCAUCGACAACAACGCCUCCUCGUCGUCGUCGGUGUUGUCGUCGUCACCCGGGCGCGUACGCCUCUUCCUUCGCGCCGUGGCGUGGAACGGCAUCCGCGCAGUCCAGCCGACGUACAUUGGCCUCAUCGCCCUCGCCCGCGCCGUCUCGGACGGGCGCAACAGCACCUCGGCCUGGCCGCUGCUGUACUACUUUGGCGAUGCCCUGCCGAACCACCCCCCGGCGCUCCGCCCGACCGCCUUACAAUGGAUCAAGGUCGUUGCCCUUGACGGCGUCGCCCUCGUGACGGAGAUACUCCUCGUCGUCUAUGGAUACUACACCUCGAGCGCCUCCUCCUCCCGCCAUUACGACGUCCGCAUCUUUGCCUCGGGCAUGUGGAUUCUCUCCGCGACGCCGUCCUGCGUCCUCGGCGCAUACCUCCUCCUGUUCGUGUCGCGACGCGCCAGUCGCCUCCAUCGCAACUGGCGGCUCGCCACGGCGGGCACCCUCCUCGUCGCCGCGGGGCUGGCCCUCAUCCUCGCCCUGCACUUUUCCGUCCCGCCAAAGGACAGGGUCCCCGCGGCGGCGGGCAUCAUGGCCAUGCAGUGGGCCCUGUCGCUGCUGCCCCUGGUCGCGUGCCGGUGCAGCUGCUGCGGCAGCGGUGCCAGGGGCAUGCCCUGGCGCAUCGUGUACUUGAUCUUCGCCGUCGCGGUGCGCACCCUGACGCUGACGCUCGAAGUGAGCAGCUCGUCCUUUUCCAACGAGUUCUGGUUCUGCCGCGUGCCGCCCCAGGUCGGCGGCUGGCUGACGGGCGUGUUUGGCGGCGCGCUGCUCUUCGGCUUCGCCAUCAAGGGGCUUGUCGACGCGGAGCGGUGGAGGCCGGAGCUCGUCAAGGUCUGGAAGGGUGAGCAGCAGGGCGCAUUGACUGCCGAAGAGGCGUACGUGCCGCUCCAGGAUGACGAGGAGCGACAGACAGGACCGCCUCCGCCGCAUUCGCCUCCGCCCCCUUUUAUAUCACAUCAGCCGCAGCAGUCGCAGCAGCAGCAAGGGGGUAACCAUGCCGAGUCCGAGGACAUGCUCAACGCAGAGGGGCUUGCGCGACGGUCAACUGAUCUGCCAUCGUAUCAGGAUGCGACGCGCCGGACUGACACGAUGCCGCCUUCCUACGGCGAGGCCGCUCCGGAUGGUCAGUUGGUGUUUGACUGAGACGGUACUUUGGUAGCUCAAUACAAAGAAGCCUAAUUUGCCCGAAGCCUUGAC